GCUAUAUACUCGAGCGUGUACCUGGCAACCGCUCAGUGUGGCAGCAGACUUAGUGGCGUGCGGACUAGUGAGAAGUGUUUCGCCGGUAUACAUCACUCGCAAACCAUUGCGACUUAGUCGAUAUUCAGGAAGGGUAUACCUCGUUCUGUCCCUGGUCCCACUAUGCUCAGGACAACACAUUUCAUUGUGGUGGUGGCGGCGUCCUCGGUCUUCGUGGAAUCCGCGAGCAUAUUCUCGGCAUUUGGACGCGGCUUUGAGCACCAAGAAGAGAUCCAAUACGUGGGGACGUCGUCUAGUCAGGGUGGAGGCCUGGUGGAGAAGACAGUGCCUUCCAAGAUGUGGGUGUGCACGAAACAGCCCCCAGCCGGUGACCCUGAGAGUAGUCAAUUGACUGUGUUCCUGCGGCUCUUCGACUACCUGGACGGCAAGAAUAGCAGAGAGGAGCGCCUGCCAAUGGGUGUCCCUGUGUCUAUCAGCGCUGAGGGCACAAAGGCCUCCAGGAACCUCACCGCCUGUUUCUUCCUGCCCGAGAAAGUUCAGGCCAAUCCGCCCACACCCACCAACCCAGAGGUUUCUCUCGUCAGCCGACCCAGCCUCACCAUCAUCACCAAGUCGUUCGGAGGCUACGCCAAUUCCGAGGAAACCUGGGACGCAGAGACGGACAAGUUAAGGAAGCUGGUAACCGCUUCUGGGCUGUCCUUUGACCCCAACGUUGUAUAUUGGAACGCCUACGACCCGCCCCUGAAAUUUUGGGGGCGCAGAAACGAGGUGUGGCUGGUCAGAGUUUGAAUCUUAUAAAGACAAACGUUUUGGGCCGUGUGGCUGCAACCUGUGAUGCAUAUAUACAUAACUUGUGUCAUGAGAAUGUUACGGAUCAACAGUAUUUUUGAAAUAUGAAAACUAGGACUUAAAAGCAGUAAUGCACUAUGUCUUGUAAUACUAGCGGCAUUAUUUGAAAGAAGCAAUAUAUUUUUUAUUCUGAUGUUUUCAGUAAUGAAUUUGCAUUGCUGCAAUCUUCCAGAGAUAUUUUGUAAUAAAUUGAGUCUUUGCAAUACAAUAAAUAAUUGUUUACA